UAACACAGCACUUAAAAACACCUUCAUUUUUUGCAUAAAUCAGUGGCAGCAAAGAAAACAGUCCUACUGAUACCAACGUCUUUGGACCUUCUCACAUCCAAGGAAAACACUGAAACCAUUGACAGAAUGGAAGCUAUGGAAAUCGAUGACGACUUCAGUGGAAGUCGUAACCUCACUGUGAAAGGCCUCAUUAACAGAGAGGAUCUUCGGAGAAGAAAGCAGCCGUCCAAAUGUCAAACAGUGUGUCUUGGAUUACUGUGCACUGCCCUGUUGGCAGGUAACAUUGGACAGAUCAUCCACUAUGACACGAUCAGUCGUCAACACAACCCAACGCAGGCCAGCUUCAUCGCUCAAGCAGAUCAGCUGCAGAGCGGCUAUGAGGCUUUCGCUGCAGAGAGGGAACAGUUGGAGGCCCGACUGACUAACCUGACUACAGAGAGAGACCAGCUGCAGCAAAGUUACAACUCUUUGACCACUGAGAGAGAUCAGUUCAGUGCCAGUCUCAACAAUGUGACAACAGAGAAGGACCUGUUAAAGGCAAUUUAUGACACUUUAAAGCAAGGGAGCGAUCAGUUAAAGACAAGCUGUAACGACAUACAGAGGAACCUUGAGGAUUUACAGACCAAUCACAAUAAUCUGACAAAAAGUAGAGACCAAUUACAGGCCAGAUACAGUACCCUGCAGAGAGAAAAAGAUGAGUUACACACUCUUUUUCGUCAACUACAGGGAAAUUGGUCUCUGCUGGCGAGGGACAACGACGAGCUGCAGAGAAGCUACGACACAUUGUGGAAAGAAAAAGAACAAUUUAAAACCCGUUAUGAGACUCUCCAUGAGGAAAACGAGCAGUUACAGGCAAAUUACGGCAGUCUAUUGAAAGUUAAGGAUGAGUUACAGAAGACCGUCGAUAAAGUAAAAAGAAGGGCAUGUAAGACAGGCUGGCAGAAGUUUGACAUCAGCUGUUACUUUGUCUCAGCUCAGCAGAAAAACUGGACUUCAAGCAGACAAGAGUGCAUCAACAUGGGAGCAGAUCUUGUCGUCAUAGACAGCCUGGAUGAACAGGCAUUUGUCAAGGGCAUGUUGAAAUCAGGUCAAAAUGCCUGGAUUGGUCUGACUGACAGUCUCACAGAGGGGACGUGGAUGUGGGUGGAUGGGACCCCCGUCACCACAUCAUACUGGCAGCCCGGGCAGCCCAACAGCUUCAAUGGGAACCAGGACUGUGGAGAAAUCCUGCACAGAGCAGCAGGAGUGGGAGAAUGGAACGACGACGGCUGUUUCGCUGAACAGAACUGGAUCUGUGAAAAUUAAGAACACGAUACUUUAAACAGAUGGUGCAAGGCUUCUGACCGCGUUUUCUAAUGUACAUCUACAGUGUUUGAGUCUGAUGCUGUUCUUUAUUUGUUUGAAGUGUAAUGAAAAGUCUUACACUAGCAGUGAACUGACUCUGAACAAACUCUGUAGUUUAUGAACACAACCAUCGUUUUGACACGGACGUACACGUUGUCUUAUAAGAGAUUUGUAGACAUCAGCAACAUCACAGUAUGCUGUCAGCCUUAUUCUCUGAGACUGUUAAAGGGUCAGUUUACAAUUACAAUCAAAGAUACUUCUACUAUUCAUGUACAUUGCGCUCAUGGUAUUUCACUGAUAGUUUUGGCUUUAUUUGUGAAGGUUUGAGAUAACUGUCCCCGCAUUUACUCCAGUACAAUGAAGAUAGGUGAAGACUGGAAGAUGGAAUGUGUUUUUGUGGUUUUAACAACACUGUUGGUGAAAGCAGAACAACUUACCAGAAACAAUGUGACUUUUUUUUUGUGCUGUGCUAAAUAUGCUAAGUCAUAAUUUUAUUUUGCAAACAGAUAUCUUCCAUAAAUUAGCUUUCAUUAUUAUAGACAAUUGAAACAGAUGCAGAGUUAUUUUAUGAUUUCAUAAACUACUCUUGCUGAUUAGCAUUUGAUAUAAUGGAUGGUAAUCUAUAUAUAUUAAUCUUCUAUAGUAUUCUGUGGCUGUUGGCAUAGCUUUGCAUUUAUGUCCAUCAAUAUGAUUUAUUCAUUAUUAUGGAUGAAAAUUAAUAUAUAUCACAAAUAAUUUAUGUGACAAAUCACAUAUCUACAUCAUCUGUGUAUUAAUAAUUCACCGUACCACUCUUUUAUAAAUGCACACUGCUACACAUGAAUGUCCUUCUGUCUUUUUUUUUUCCAAAGAAAGUCACUGUUUGUGUUUGAGGAGAGUGUCCAAUCACCUUUAUUAAAAUAAUUUAA